GUCCCUUUAGAACAAAAUAAACCAUGAAAACAUAACUUUUAAACCGUUUUGUCAUCCUAAAAAACAGAGCACUGCUUAAUGUAGUGCAGCAGAUCAGUGCAAGAAUUUCAAAUAUGAGGGGAGGGGAGCAGAUUGGCCAUUUCUAAUUAUUCUAAGUCCCCCCAAUGUCUAUGGUGGUUACAGCCCGGUUACAGUUUAAAUGCAUUAGGAUAAAUUGCAUAUUGUUUUUGUUACAGAACUCUCCUUCCUAUUCAGUUCUAAUAGAAGACGCAAUGAAUUCAACUCCAGUUACAGAUUAUGAAUAUGAUUUAGAUGAUUUAUCUGAAGACAGCAAUGUGAAAGUAGAGGAACAUCUUGGAUACUGCAGGGAAGCAGCAUGUAUAAUUACAGUGAUCUUUAAUGUGAUCAUAUUCCUUCUUGGCAUCAUUGGAAAUGGUGCGGUGAUCUGGAUUACUGGUUUUAAGAUGAAGAAGUCAGUGAACACCACCUGGUACCUGAGUCUGGCUCUGUCUGACUUCAUUUUCUGCGCUACUCUCCCUUUCACCAUUGACUACAUCUUGAAGAACAACUGGAUCUUUGGGCUCUUCAUGUGCAAGUUCAACGCUUUUGUUAUGACCCUCAAUAUGUACAGCAGCAUUUUCAUCCUGGUCAUCAUUAGUGUGGAUCGCUGCAUCACCGUCAAGUUUCCUGUCUGGGCCCAGAAUCAGCGCACCGUACAGAAAGCUUCUGUAGUUGUUAUGUUAGUUUGGUUCAUGUCUUCUUUGCUUAGCAUUCCACCUGCCAAAUUCAGAGAGAUCAUAAAUAUGGGAUCAAAAGACACAUGCUAUAGCAAUUAUGAGAAUCACCACAAAACUGUUGUGUUCAUGCGCUUUACUUUUGGGUUUUUGAUUCCAUUCCUGAUCAUCUUCACAUGUUACUCCAUCCUGAUCCGUAAACUUAGAGCAAACCAAAUGUCCAAAUCCACCAAGCCCUACAAGAUCAUGACGUUACUGAUCACAACUUUUUUCAUCUGUUGGUUGCCAUUUCAAGUAGUUUCCAUUUUAGAGUUGGACCGAACCGAGCGGAGCUUUGCCUUUCACACAGCCCAACAAGUAUCCGGCAGUCUCGCCUGUGCAAACAGCUUUCUAAACCCGUUCCUCUAUGCAUUCAUGGCCAAGGACUUAAAGAAGAAAUGCUAUUUCUUUCUUUCCAAGAUUGAGAGCGCCAUCGAUGAGGAGACCCGAAGUGCUUUCAGAGCAACUUCAAUUACCAAUUCUGUGGAUAACAGACAUUCCACUGCUGUCUGAAAUUUUAACAAGUCAUGGACUAAAGAGAAUGCUGGCCCAUAGAAACGACUUGGCAUUAACAAGUCAUGCAGCUGUUGCAUGUUUGAGCUUGUAAAUUUAAAAGUAGAAGUUAAAAAAAACUGUAAAUAGAUGUUCAAUAUAAGCUACUUUACAAGUCAUUGUAUUUUGUCCAUGACAGCUAUUAAAUAUUUAGUUUUUAUCUUACCAUUUAAGUUACUGGGGUGGGGGGUUAAAAGAAUUUGGGAUUUUUGAAUGUAUGUAUUAAACAUCAUUUGGGCAAGAUCGAUAAAUGUUGUCAUGCUCCACAUCUCUCUCUGUUGUGCUAACAUAUACAUAAAAAUAUAUAAUAAAAAUCUUGUUCUAACCA